AUGUGGGUAGAGAUCCUCUGCGGCCUGAUUGUGUACAAGUUGUUCAAGUGCUUCUUCUCCGACGCCGACGACGUUUUAGAGGUCCAAUCCUCUGACACCAAUGCUCUUUUCAACGUUGCUAACAAGCUUGAAAAGCUAUAUGGAGGAAAGGUGUAUGUAGGGCUACGAAUUCCAGAUGCUGACACUGGUUCAAGACAAAACAUAGAUGCAGUUCUCGUCACCAAAGGUGAGGCAGUGGUGAUUUCUGUCAAGAAUUUCUCGGGUUUUGUAUCAAUCAGUGGCGAUGGCAGCUGGGUUUUUGAAGGUGAAGGUAGACACAAACCAGAUCGUCAUCCUGAUCCUGUGGCGGAGACUAAAAAGCAAGUUUCAAUACUUGAAUCAUAUCUUGAACAAAGGGGAGUUGCUCUACCAGAAGGAUAUUUGUCUUACAAAGUUGUACUUCCCAAUCCUAAGUUGCAUCCAAUCCAUUCAGGCUAUUUUCCCUCCGAGGUCAUUACCUACGAUCAAUGGGUACAGCUGAAACCUGAACCAAAAGGCCUAUUUUCUGGUUGGAUAAAGGGUGCCUUUCGUGGUGGAAAGAAGGAGAUGCAGGAAUCUAUACAUCAGAAACUCAACUUCACGCUUGGCACAGCUCCUAUGUGGGACAGGCUGGAGCUUAAGGGUAAUAAAUUUGUCCUAGGAGAAUUUUUGGAAUUUAAAGGAAAACAAGAAGAUACCAUGGCUUUGAGAAACAUCAAACGAUCGAAAGUUAGUCGUUUGAUCAUUCAAAAGACAAGUAUGUUUGGAUUAGAAAUUGGGGUUUUAAGAGCUUUGAGCAUACCUAAGGUUGGGGUUGUGGUGAUGGUGAGACUUAGUAUGGUAUAUGAUUUACCUAAGAAGUGUGUUGCUCUUUCUCUAUCCUUUGAAACGUGUGUUAAUAUGAAAUGUGGAGUAUCCCAUUCAAAGCUCCAAGUUUUGUACUCUGCUCGUGAUUAUAGGAGUGAUGGGGCUUCAGCUUCUGAGUGGAAGGAAGAAACUGUAAGAUCAAGUACAGAGGUUCUGUUUCAGCCAGACAACUCUGCUAAAGUCCGCAAAUUCAAGCUUUCUUCAAUUAUCUCCAUGUCACUAAGUGCCUAA